AUGUCUGACUAUGGUGGUGACGAUGGCGGCGAUGGAAACUACGACUACGAGCCCCAGGAGGAGGUUUUUGAAGACGCUGACCCCGAAGAAAUUCCGGACCACUAUGAAGGCGAAGAGCUGGCCGAGGGUGAAUCAUACCAACCCCCUGUGACAGAUGACAAUAUCAUUGUCUCAGGCGAUCCCAACGCUGGAUAUGCUGGCAAGGUCAUGGAGCAGUCGCGGGAGAAGAAGGUUCCCAACGACAAGCGCACCACCACCCCGUACCUCACUAAAUACGAGCGCGCGCGAGUCCUCGGUACUCGAGCCCUGCAGAUUAGUAUGAAUGCUCCCGUGCUUGUCGAUCUGGAGGGAGAGACCGAUCCACUGCAGAUUGCCCUGAAGGAGUUGAACCAGAAGAAGAUUCCUUUGAUCGUGCGACGCUAUCUGCCAGAUGGCUGGUACGAGGAUUGGUCUUGCGAGGAGCUUCUUUAG